AUGACGACAUUCACGACGACACUGAUGACGAAACGGAUUAUGAACCAAGAGGCAAACCCUGGCUACGACGUCAACUACCAACCGACUACGGCCUCGACGACAAACAGUGUCUUCGACCUUGACGACGACACUUACGACGGCACUCACCAUGACACAGGCGACGUCUCGAACGACGACAUCGAUGACGAUCCCGACUGGGACUUUGACGGAAACCCUGACGACGACUUUGACAGCGACGCAAGGACGACCCGGACGAUGACUUCAACGACAACCUCGACUACAACCUCGACGACGACUUUGAUAUCGAACCCUAUGACGACACCGACGAAAAGUGUGAUGUCGAUCACGUUGACGAACAGGACGACGACGCUCGGUUUGUCACUUAACGAGCGGAGGAAGUCCUACAUAUCGGCCGCAUUUUUGAUUCAAGCCGAACAACUUGCUGACGAUGGCCGGUACAAUCUUUGUUGCCACGACGUCCAGUUCCAGUCCGGCAACCAAGUGUGCAUCUUAAAUUAUUCCGUACACCAAAGCAGCGGCAACCUACUUGACCUCGAUGAUGUUAUGUACGAAAUCCUCUUGCGAAAUUGCUCUUACGACGAAAGGCUGGUAACUUUUGACGUCACUGGAGAUAACAAAACCCGAGGUCCCCAUGAAAACCUCGAAAAGUACCCACCAGUCAAGUUCGAAGUCGGCCCGGUGGUCUACCACGCGGCCAAAGUAAAGUCUCUAAAGCUGUCUGCUGUAUACGUACAGAUAUUUCACAACAACCAGUCUGACGAAGAGGGUAAGGCGUACAUAUCGGAGCAGAUAGACCACGAAGACGAGUACUCGUGGUCCGUCACCAGGGGAGCAGAUUUAACCGCUAAAGCCAAGUUCAGUAUAAACGUGCCACUAAUUUAUCAGUUCUCUACUGAAUUUUCGACAGCAGUGAAGACAAGCUCUGGAUCCACCAAGGUCGAAACACGCACCACGCGACAACUGAUUAAACAAGAUAUAAAAAUACCCCCUCUAGCCACUCUCGAAGCAAAGUGGUACGUCAACGAAGCACAGGUGGUGGUGCCGUGGGUAGCGGACAUCUUGUUGGAGGGAUACGUUGCAGGAUUGUUUGAAACGCCCGAUAAGAAUCUAACAUGGAAGUACCUAAACGUGCAAGAUAUGACACACGAACAUCUAACAAAGCACGACAGAGGCGUCAUUUAUCAGGCGUUGGGGCUGUUCGAAGCAAACGUAGCUCAGAGCUACCACCUUUCCACCACACAGAAAAAAUUAGCGCAGAGGACCGCGAGCCUGGCCAGAUAUACUUUUGAGCAAGAAACGUCAUGA